AUGGACCAGAUCCCCGGGGAGCCCUUCCCCGACCACUAUGCCGUGCUCGGGCUCUAUUACUGUCUGCGCCCGAGCCAGGAGGACAUCAAGAAGGCCUACCACCGCCGGGCGCGGGAGUUCCACCCGGACAAGAUUGCCCAGGCCCAGCAGUCGGCCCAGGCGGCGCCGCAGAUGACGCUCGACGCGGCCACGCGCAUGAUGGGCCUGCUGAAUGCGGCGUACAAGGAGCUCGGCACGCCGGCCGGCCGGGCGGCCUACGAUCACACCUUGUCGGAGCUGAGCCGGCACCGGCGGCCGGCGCGACAUGCGGCCGGCGCCGCGCCGGCCACUCAGCACCACCACCAGCCGCCACCCGGGCAGUCGUACCACCAGCAGCAGCAGCAGCACUUCCAGGCGCAGCAGCGCCAGUACCAGCAACAGCAACAGCGGCAGCAGCAGCAGCAGCAACAACACUAUCACCAGCAGCAGCAGCACUACCAGCAGCAGCAGCAGCAGCAGCAAUUCCAGCGCCAGCAGUACAUGCGCCAGCAGAAUUACCGGCCGCCGCCGCACUCGCCCGGUCGGCCGGGGGCCAGCAGCCCCGGGCCCUUCCGCGAGGUGCCGAGCAACCCCUUUGCCGGGGCCGGCGGCGGCGGCGGCGGCGGCAGCGGCGGCGGCGGCAGCCCGGCGACGGCCCCCUACCGCGGGGUGAACCCCUUCGAUGAUGGGCCGACGGCCGGCGGCCCGGCCGGGCGCACGGCCCCCACAUCGCCGGCCGGCGCCAGCACCACCCCCUCGACCAACCCCUUCGAGGAGGCCUCCCCGGGGCCGGGGUUUUUCGACAGCCCGAGCAACCCCUUCUCGGACGCCGGGACGCCGGCGGCGCCCGGCAGCCCGGCGCCCGGCCGGCCCACGACCAACCCCUUCGAUGAGGAUUUCGUGGCGCCGGGCGACGCCCCGGAGGGCCCGGAGGCCUCGGACGAGGAGCCGGACGCCGCGUCGCCACGCAUGGCCACGGGGCCGCCAUUUGCCGGCGGGCCGGUCGAGUCGGCCGGCGCCGUGGCCGAGUCGGCCGGCGCCGUGGCCAGCGGCCCAACCAGCCCGGCGGCCAACACAGGCAAGGAGCCGGAGCCGGACCUGUCGGACUUGCUGGGCUCGGUGCGCCUCGGCUGA